AUGGUUUCAGUACAGUUGUUGCGCCUUCUGAGCCUUCUUUAUUUGGUGCCCAACUUUCGGAGCCAGGCAAUCCCAACAAGUGAUCGACGGAGAAUUUCGGAGAUCUAUAGGAAGGAGGUUAUCAAAGCUACCAUUCUGGAUAAGUUGGGGCUCAGCAGCAUGCCCCCGCCGCUCAGACGCCUGUACCAGCGCAGGACCCGGCCGGCCAGACCCGUGCGGCCGGGACAAUUCCCCCGGGCCACCGUCUACAAGAUGAUCGUCUUCCCCUCCACAGACCCCGUAUCGAACAGCACAGACCAUCUUCGGUUCAAGCUGCCCUCCACAGCCGGGAACCGUGUUCUAUCUGCCAGCCUGUCGGCCUACCACGGGCUGCCGAACUGGCGAGGACUGCCGAGCAAAACCGAAGACAAGGUUCGGAGGGACUCGCCGUUUUCCGAAAGCCUGAAGGAUUAUUCCAAAGUGCCCUCCUCCUUGCUGGUGCACCUGGAACAGAGAGCCAUCUUUGGAAACCCUGGGCACGAGAAGGUCAUCCGGGUCGGGUCCAAGUGGGUCGACUUCCGGUUGCCGGGCUGGGCGGAGUUUGACGUCACAGAGCUUACGAACUUCUGGCUUGGGAGCCCUGAGAGAAACGGCGGGCUGGAUAUCCGGUGUCUCACCUGUAGGAAAUACAUGAAGAGCGCGCCUUUCUACACGGACCCCGACCAGACGACCGAGGGAGCGUCGAACAGGCCCUUCAUGGUGCUAACGCUCCAAGAGUUGGACGAAGACGAACUUGAAGAAGGCAGCGGCGCCUUGCGUCAUCAGCCGGAGCCGUUGCGUCACAAACGUGACGUCACCAAAGACUGUGACGAGGAAGAGGAGGAGGAAGACGAUGACGCAUUUCUGACGUCACGGAACGAAACAUCGCCAUUGCCAAGGAGCUGCUGUCGAAGAUCUUUGAUUGUAUCCUUCAAGGACAUUGGCUGGGACGGUUGGGUGAUGGAACCGGAGGAGUUUGACGCGCACUACUGCCUGGGCCAGUGCGCCAGCUACAACCUGCCCGGGCCACACGCCGCCAUCAUGGACCACGUGGUUUCUCCCGUGUACCAGAUGAAGCCGUGCUGCGUGCCUGUCCCGGGGCAGAUGCGCGACCUGCUCAUCCGAUACAGCUUCGACGGCGGCAAAACCAUUUCCACUCAGCUCGUCCCCAACAUCAUCGUCAACUCAUGCGGCUGCCUCUAGGGCGUUUCAGC